CGGGGCAGCCUUGCGUCCUGCACGCUCCGCACCAGCUAAGCUUAAGACGCAUCCUCUCCUGCACCGCGGCUUCGCCUGGCUUUCUCAAGCUCUUGAUGCUGCCCAGCUGAAAGGAGAAGAUGGGCACCGGAGAUUUCAUCUGCAUUUCCAUGACUGGAGGGGCGCCCUGGGGGUUCAGGCUGCAAGGAGGCAAGGAGGAGAAGCAGCCCUUGCAAGUGGCAAAGAUUCGAAGUCAGAGCAAGGCAUCGGACUCCGGGCUGUGUGUUGGGGAUGAAGUGGUGUCCAUCAAUGGUAACCCUUGUGCAGACCUUACUUACCCUGAAGUCAUCAAACUCAUGGAAAGCAUAACGGACUCCCUCCAUCUGCUUAUUAAAAGACCCACCAGUGGAACAAGUGAGGCUUUGGAUUCUGAAACAGAAAAUACAAACCACCAGCACCUUCCACACGGGGGGCCCAUGGAAAGUACCACCCUGCAGAUCCAGCACGCUGCCAAGACCCAGGGCAAAGACUUCCUUCUUGCUUCAGUCCAGACUAGUGCUCCCCGAACUGAGGACCAAGGAAAUGCCUGGGGUUAUGCAGAGUGUACAACAGAAGACCAAGUUUCCCAGAUGCCUGGCUCCCAAGAAGGACACUUGGUAGAAGAGGUCAUCUUAAGGAAAAAGCCAGAAGCAGGCCAGCCAGGCCAUGUGGUUGAGUUACAGCUGUCCCUCUCAAAGGAAAGACAGCGAUGCACCAGUGACCCUAUAGUGACUCUCCUGGGAAAUGAAAAAUUCAAGUCUCCAGACCCAGACUGGGGCACCCAACACGGGAGGACUGUCCACAUAAAUUCAAUCCCUGCUCCUGAGAAAGCAGACACUUCUCUGACGUCCGGCACCACAGUCCAGACCUCCAGUGGCCGGGAGCUGACAGUGAUCCAGGGAAGAGACCCAGGAGGCACAGGGCUGCCCCAGGUGGAAGUGAUUCUAGAUUGCUCUGACAGGCUGAAGGCUGAAGAGUGCAGGCUGCAGGCAGGAAGGGGGUGUGUGGCUUCUCCCGUGGAAGGAGGGCGGUCAGAAGCACCUCCUUCUCUGGUCUCCUUUGCGGUCUCAUCAGAAGGCACCGAGCAGGGAGAAGAUCAACGCUCGGGAAAGGACCAGGGCAGACCACACAAGCACAGAGCGAGGCAUGCCCGGCUCAGGAGGAGUGAAAGUCUGUCUGAAAAGCAAGUAAAAGAAGCCAAGUCUAAAUGCAAAAGCAUCGCCCUCCUCCUAACGGAUGCUCCCAACCCGAACUCCAAGGGGGUGUUGAUGUUUAAGAAGCGGAGGCGGAGAGCCCGGAAGUACACCCUAGUCAGUUACGGUACUGGAGAGCUUGAGCGAGAGGAGGAAGAGGAGGACCAGGAAGCAGGUGACAAGGACGAGAUAAGUGACCUUGCAUUUCUUGGAACCAGCGAGUCGGAAGUGGAUGAAGAGUUACUGUCUGACGUGGACGACAACACCCAAGUUGUGAACUUCGAUUGGGAUUCUGGACUGGUGGACAUUGAAAAGAGGCUGAACCGAGGCGACAAGAUGGAGAUGUUGCCCGACACCACAGGCAAGGGAGCGCUCAUGUUUGCCAAGAGGAGAGAGAGGAUGGAACAGUUCACAGCCCAAAAUGAAGAGGAAAAGACCGGUGGGCUAGCAGGCGGAGGAUCAGAUGCCCUACAGACGGACGGUCUGAGAACCAUGACUUCUUAUCAAAGAAAAGAAGAAUCGGUGAGAAUGCAGAGCUCUGUGAGUGAGAGCUCCUUCCAGAUGGGACGCAGUCUUGGCAGUGUGCCACAACAGAAUGGCUUCAGUGGAGUGUCUGAGACAGCAGGGCCCCAGAGGAUGAUCCCCAUGAACAGAACCGCCAAGCCCUUCCUGGGAUCUGUGAACCAGACAGCGGCCCCAUUCUCCCCAACACAGAGUGUGACAAGUCCCAUCCCUGACUUCCCUGCGCCACCACCAUACUCUGCAGUCUCACCUCCACCAGAAGCCUUCUCCAGGGGGAUAUCAAGCCCAGUUGCUGGCCCGGCACAGCCCCCUCCGUGGCCCCAGCCUGCUCCAUGGUCGCAACCAGCCUUCUAUGAUUCUUCUGAGCAAAUAGCUUCCCGCGAUGAGAGGAUCGCAGUGCCGGCCAAAAGAACAGGAAUACUGCAGGAAGCCAAAAGACGAGGCACAACAAAACCCAUGUUUACUUUCAAAGAAACCAAAGUGAGCCCCAACCCCGAACUCCUGUCCCUUCUUCAAAAUGCAGAAGGCAAGCGAGGCACUGGAGCUGGAGGGGACUCCGGGCCAGAAGAAGACUACCUCAGUUUAGGCGCAGAGGCUUGUAAUUUCAUGCAGAGUUCUGCCAAACAAAAGACCCCUCCUCCCGUCGCUCCAAAGCCUGCAGUCAAGACCUCCUCUUCCUCCCAACCAGUAGCCCCUGUUUCUCCAGUCUGGUCUCCAGGAGUGGCUCCAGCCCAGGGUCCUGCCUUCUCUACAACAAACCCACCAAACCCACCACAGGUCACUGCUGUGUCCUCCAUCAAAAUAGCCCAGCCUACCUGCCCUCCAGCCCGGCCCGCGAGUGCACUGAACCUGGCUGGUCCUUUCAAAGGUCCCCAAGCAGCAGUAGUCAGUCAUAACUAUACACCCAAGCCAUCAGCACCCACACCAUUAGUAAAUGCUGCUCCUGCUGGUGCCGGGGGACCAUCCAAUGAGCUUCCUGGAAUGAGUGGGAAAGGAGCCCAACUCUUCGCUAAAAGGCAGUCUAGGAUGGAGAAGUAUGUGGUAGAUUCUGACACGGUGCAGGCCCACACAGUUCGGGCCCAGUCUCCUACUCCAUCCCUGCCCGCCAGUUGGAAGUACUCCUCCAAUGUCCGAGCACCGCCUCCGGUGGCCUACAAUCCUAUCCAUUCCCCGUCUUACCCACUGGCUGCUAUCAAGUCUCAGCCACCGGGAGCCCAGGCCUCCAAAACGAGCAAGAAAAAGGGCAAGAAACCUCUUAACACUUUGGAUGUCAUGAAGCACCAACCAUAUCAGCUCAACGCGUCUUUGUUUACUUUUCAACCCCCCGAUUCAAAGGAUGGCCUCCCUCAAAAGUCAACAGUCAAGGUCAGUUCAGUAGCCCCUGCCAUGAAGCAAGCCCUUCCUCCCCGGCAGGCGGAUAUUGGCUCUCCCACAAACGCGAAGGCUUCAUCUGUGUAUUCAGUCCCGGCCUAUACCUCUCAGCCCAACUUCUUUGCGGAGGCCACCUCACCAGUCAGCGCAUCCCCGGUGCCUGUGAGUGUUCCCACCUCUCCAAAGCAAGAAACGACCUCCACAUCCUAUUUUGUGGCUCCGAGGCCGAAGUUCUCAGCCAAGAAAAGUGGUGUCACAGUUCAGGAGAACUGGCGCUCCCUUUCUCUCCCCGGAAGAGCAGCUCCGCCCAUCAUGUCUGCACCUCCCUGGCUGUGCCAGCCUGCCUACAGUUACUCCAGCAAACCAACCCUCGAGCAAGAGAAAGCUAACAAGAGACCUACACCUUGGGAGGCGGCGGCCAAGUCCCCUCUCGGUCUAGUGGAUGAGGCCUUCAGACCCAGGAACAUCGAGGAAUCCAUUGUGGCGAAUGUAGUCUCUGCAGCUCGGAGGAAGGUGUUUGCAGGGUCCCAAGAGGACUGGAAAGAGAGACUGUCCUUUGUCCCUCAAACUCAGAAGACCAGCAUGAGCUUUUCUGAAAGGCGAGAGUAUAAUGUUCCAUCCCCAGUCAACAGCCACGUGUCUAGCCACUCCUUAUAUAGCUCCCAGUUGCCAUAUGUAUGCUACAGGAAGGAGUCCAGAAAUGAUUUGAAAGCAAUGUCCAUGGACACGAGGUCUGAAUACUGUCUUCCACUAGGUGGUUAUGACUAUAACCCACACCCAAGGGGGUGGAGACACCAACCAUGAAAGCUUGUGUGACAACCGUGUGAAUUUUGUUGUUAGUGGCCUUUGCAGGGUUCUUUACUUUAAAAAUAGACUUCAAUCCACUUUUAGUCCUAUGUGGUCACAGGUCAUUUAUCUGAGUGUACAUGUGUGUAAACACACAAGCGUGGAGCACUUCCUUGUCUGCUGAUGCCUAACGAACUGCUAG